GUUCAUACAACUGUUUCAGUCUGUCUCGAAACGUUACGCAUUUACGUUUCGUCGACUUUCGCUAACGGUUGCUAGGGUUAUUGCACACUUGAAACUAAAAUGGCAAGUUCAUUGAGUCCUCUUCAAAUUUCGCAACUAAAAGAUUCAUGGUCAGUGCUUGCACAGGAUCCGAGCCAGUUGGCGUCAGCAUUGGUAAUCAGGUUGUUCAAAGAAAAUCCUGAGUAUCAAUCAUUAUUCAAGCGGCUUAAGAACUUAUCAAUAGACGAACUUGCUUCUAAUCCCCAGUUUAUGUCACAUGCAUCGAAGGUAGGAGCUGCAUUGGGGUUGACUAUCGAUCACCUUGACAAACCUGAAGAAUUAGAAAAAAUACUAACAAAUCUUGGAAUUAAACAUAAAAAAUACGGACUCACAGCGAAACAUUUUCAGGUUAUUGGAGAUGUGUUGGUUGCUAUGAUAUCAGAAGCAAUCGGAAAUAGUGAACCAGAAUUAUUAGACUUGUGGAAAUCCAGUUUAACUUCAGUACUGAGUAUUAUAAUUGCAGCAUGCCAAUAAAGUCCAUGACAACAUUUUAGUGAUAAUUUCACGAUCACGCAAUUUAUUAAUUGUUACUAUGUAGGCUAUUUUGAUGGACGAGGAGUGUUAUUACUUUUCGUAAUAAUAUUAUUCGUAUAUUUUUGUCGAGGGUUGUUAAUUUUUAUGGUCUCAUAUUAAUAUACUAUAUACUAUUGUUAAAAUAAAUUAAUAAUACGUACAUGUCAUGUUCUUAAUUUACGAAACUAAAUAACACUUAAUCAGUUGAUUGAUACAAUUAUUAUUGUUUUUUUUUUAAAAUCAUUUUCUUUAUUGAAACUUAUUUUAUUUUAUCAUAUGAAUUAUACGACUACUAUGCAUACUGUAAAACUAAUAUAAUGUUUUAAAAUAUUUAUGUUUCAUUCUUUGUACAUUUUUUUAAAAAUAUUAAUAUGUAUGUUGUAGAAUUAUUUAUUUUAAAAAUGUGUUUGUGUGCAUACUAUGGUUAAGUUAUUCUUAGAUACAACAUUUUUACUACAAUAUAUAUUUUAUUAUAAUG